CACAGCCGGGGGUAGGUGCGGUAGUGCGGCGUCUGAUGCGCGCAGAGAGACGACCCUCACAGCGCCGGACAGACACGCACCAGAGAUACCGGAAUGCACACAAAAUGCUGCGUCUACGAGCUGUGACAAGCCGCUGCAUGUGAAGAAAACAAAGAAACAGCCCACGACAACGCCGGAAGCUCUCCCGUCCAGACUGAAGCACACGCGCAGGCAGCGUAUUUGCCGCAGAAAUCAUCCCACCAGAGCUCCCCGCCGAUGCGCUUGAGCUGUGCAUGAAUCCCCUCAGCUUGGCUUGCAGGUCCAGGACAAAACCGGGCGGUGUUGACGACUGAGUGUGGUGGAUACUGUUUGUGAGUGCACCUUAUCCGCGUCUCCGCACACCCCUUGGCACCUCCGUCAGGAUGGCGUUAACGAUCUGCACGAGAUUCACCGACGAAUAUCAGCUGUUCGAGGAGCUGGGGAAGGGCGCGUUCUCUGUGGUCAGGAGGUGUGUGAAGAUCUCCUCUGGACAGGAAUAUGCUGCAAAAAUCAUCAACACCAAGAAGCUUUCUGCCAGAGAUCAUCAAAAGCUGGAGAGGGAGGCGAGGAUUUGUCGUUUACUGAAGCACCCCAACAUCGUACGACUCCAUGACAGCAUAUCAGAAGAGGGUUUCCACUAUCUGGUGUUUGAUCUGGUGACAGGAGGAGAGCUGUUUGAGGACAUCGUAGCCAGGGAGUACUACAGUGAGGCCGAUGCCAGCCACUGCAUACAGCAGAUCCUCGAGAGUGUCCAUCACUGCCAUGUUAAUGGGAUUGUCCACAGGGAUCUAAAGCCUGAGAACCUUCUAUUGGCCAGUAAGCUGAAGGGGGCGGCGGUCAAGUUGGCUGACUUUGGGCUGGCUAUCGAGGUGCAGGGGGACCAGCAGGCAUGGUUUGGUUUUGCUGGCACCCCAGGCUACUUGUCUCCAGAAGUUCUGAGGAAAGACCCAUAUGGGAAGCCAGUGGACAUGUGGGCCUGUGGUGUGAUUUUAUACAUCCUGCUGGUGGGUUACCCUCCCUUCUGGGAUGAGGACCAGCACCGCCUUUACCAACAAAUCAAGGCUGGGGCCUAUGAUUUCCCAUCCCCGGAGUGGGACACUGUAACUCCUGAGGCCAAAGAUCUGAUCAACAAGAUGCUAACCAUCAACCCCAGUAAACGCAUCACUGCCGCAGAGGCCCUCAAACAUCCCUGGAUCUGCCAACGGUCCACUGUAGCUUCCAUGAUGCACAGGCAGGAGACUGUGGAGUGCCUGAAGAAAUUCAAUGCCAGGAGGAAACUCAAGGGAGCCAUAUUGACCACUUUGCUGGUCACAAGAAACUUCUCAGCAGCCAAGAGUUUGCUCAACAAGAAGCCAGAUGGCGUUAAGGUCAACAACAAAGCCAACACAGUGACCAGUCCUAAAGACACUGGCCCUGCCCCUGCGCUGGAACCACAGACAACUGUGAUCCAUAACCCUGUGGAUGGAAAUAAGGAGUCAAUUGAGAGUGCCAACACCACCAUUGAGGAUGAGGAUGUAAAAGCCCUUCGUCUGGGCAGCUUAGUGAGCGGUAUCUUGAGCUCUAAGAGCCGUUCCUCACAGAUGUCUGACUCAAGGCAGACUCCCACCUCCUCAAUUCAGACCUGCACCAAUAACAAUAAAGCUCGCAAACAGGAAAUUAUCAAAGUCACUGAGCAGUUGAUUGAGUCUAUCAACAAUGGAGACUUUGAAGCCUAUGCGAAGAUUUGUGAUCCUGGUCUAACUUCAUUUGAGCCUGAGGCCCUGGGCAACUUGGUGGAAGGACAUGACUUCCAUCGCUUUUAUUUUGAGAAUGCCCUGUCUAAAGGGAACAAGCCGGUGCACACCAUCCUCUUGAACCCACAUGUGCACCUAAUUGGGGAAAAUGCAGCAUGUAUUGCCUAUAUUCGACUGACCCAGUACAUGGAUACCAGCGGCAUGCCCCGCACCAUGCAGUCUGAGGAGACCCGUGUGUGGCACCGCCGCGACGGCAAGUGGCAGAACAUCCACUUCCACCGUUCCGGCUCGCCAAGCAUCCCCUCCCAGUAAGAGACAUUAAUGGAAUAUCAACAUGUGGUCCAAAAAAAAAAAGAAAAAAAAAUCCCAUCAGCAAAUCUAGUAGUGCAGUCAACUAGCCAACCCAUGACUGCUGUCUGACCUUUGACCCUUCUUUAAGGACGUGACAUCGCACAGGAUACAAGUAUUAAUACAUUUUACUGUUAUGGCAUUUUAUUAAUGGACAUCAUUCGAAACCACCACCGGGUGGCUGCACACCGUAUUUGGACAUUAUGAAACAAGCAUAUUGACAUUUUUUUUGUUUGUUUUUUAAGAUGUUUUGGUAUGCAUUUUAAAUAUAAAAAUAGAGAUGUUUAAAAAUCUACUAUUGUAACCUCUCCCAAAAAUUAGUUCUGUAUUUUUAUGUGUAUUUAUGUGUGUGCAAUACAAAAACAUUUGGAAGAUCAGAAUGUUAAAAUUGAGCUUGCUUUAGUUCUGGUGAUGUAUAUACAUUGUGAUUGUUGAUAAAAACAAACAUUGAAAUUGCUAUUCUUGCUAUCAGAGGAAUUAAGAGUUUACGUAAAAUCCAGUUUAUGAGCUACAUUUAUGUUUGCUAUGAGCUAAGUCAUACUGUUUGAAUCGUCCGAUUUCAACCUAUAAUACUAAUUUAAAUGUAAAGAAAAGCAGAGCAGCUUACACUUUGCAUUGAGAUAUGUUUGCCUUUAUAUCAGUGAAAUAAGAAAUAAGAGAAUGUAGCAUAUAUGUAAUAUAUGAAAAUUCAAGACUAUUGUGUAGUGCAUGGGGGGGAAUAUUGUAAGUAAGAUCAUAUGAAACUAUAAUAUCUUCUGUUUGAUUUGUGAAUCACUGACUUGUUUGUUUGCAUUUGUUAAUGUUGUGCAUCAGUCCUGUCCCAAAUGUUUCUAAUGUCCUCCAGUAUCAUGGAACUGUUGUAAAAACAAUAACACAGUUAAGGUUAAUAUCCAGCGUAAAUAUCAAAACCUCAUAUCUAAGAGGAGGAAGAAUAAACUCCUGGUUGCCGAAGCACCCCUUACAUUUUGUAUAAAAAUGAGAAGAAAACAAACUCAUUUUUUCAUAAUGUUUGUACUUGUAUUGUAUGACUGUAUGUAGGGUUUCUGUUGUCAUUUUAUUCUUGUCAUUUCCAGUGUGUUACUAAGCCAAUUGCACAGAGAAGGUGGAGAUGAUGAAGAUGGAGCAAAGGCACUAUAGUCUCUACCUUCAGUUAGGUCAAGUGCUAACUUGACGGUCAGGCUAAAAAGUCUGGAAGCGUCGUUACAGCAUUUGAUUUACGAACGUUGCAAACAGACAAGAGGAUGGUAUGACAGCAGUAAAGGAGUCAGAUGAGACUGUAAUAAAUGUUGGGAUGUCUUCCUUGACGAUCAGUGCUUCUACCAGCCAGUGGCCUCCUUACCACUGCAGGACAGUGCCAGUGUCUUCGUCAUCCUUACUUUUUGCUCUUGUCAAUUGGUUGGUCUCUUCUUUUUUAAGGGGAAAAUAUGAUAAACAUUUCUUUUGACGAAACGUAUGAUGUCAAUGCAAUGCACCACUCCUUAUAUGGUGUGAACCUGUUGCCAGCACGGCAAUGGAUGGCUUAACAUGUUUAAGAACUAAAUAAAUCAGCUAAAAGGUG